GUGUAACAAAGUACAUCUAAUAUAAUAAUAUAAGACGAACAAUUCCAUAUAGUUGCAAUAAAAAGUUGUACAGAAAAUACAGUGAAGAACAAAAUGUUACGUCUAAGUAUUUCGAUUGGAUUGUUUAUUUUAUAUGGAACUGUCUUGACAGAGCAUGUAAUGUCUCAUGGCGGAUUACAACAUUACGUUUCACCCGAGACUAAUCGUGCUUCACGAAUCCGAAGAUUUGGUUUCACAGAACUAGAUAAGCUACGUCAAAAUUUUUGUGGCAUGUAUUGCAAAUCUGCAGAUACCAUGCCAUAUUUCUUUAAUGUUGUGUGUGCUAUGAAAUGUCCUGAAUUGUAUUUACCACAUCGUACGCCAACGGAAAGUACAACGAAAAGUACAACAGCGGAAAGUAUAUCAUCUACACCAGCAGAAACUACAACUACUCCGCCUGUACAAGGAUCGAACUCAAUGCCCCAGCCAAUACCAGGAAUGGGCGUAAUGCCUCAGUCCGGAUCAGGAUUGAAUACAGCACCCCCGUCCGGAUCAAGUACAGGUGGAACACCUCAGUCCGGGUCAGGAUUGAAUACAGCACCCCCGUCCGGAUCAAGUACAGGUGGAACAUCUCAGUCCGGGUCAGGAUCUACCACAGCACCCCCGUCCGGAUCAAGUACAGGUGGAACACCUCAGUCCGGGUCAGGAUCUACCACAGCACCUCCAUCCGGAUAAGAUACAGAUGGAACGUCUUACAAUAAGUCCAGAGCUGAACUCAGGAUCCACUUAAAGUUAAGAGCCCGCACAAAUAAAAAGUAAAUUAUGAUAUCAGAAUAAAAAAAGUUGAUGAUAUAAAUAUAAAAAAUUCG